AUGCGGGGGCGCGCGGGGCAGCCGUGGCCGCGGCCCCCCGCCCCGGGCCCGCCGUCGCCGCCGCCGCUGUCGCCGUCGCUGUCGCUGCUGCUGCUGCUGGCCGUGCUGCUGGGCGGCGCGGGCGCGCAGUACUCGAGCGACCUGUGCAGCUGGAAGGGGAGCGGGCUGACACACGAGGCGCACAGGAAGGAGGUGGAGCAGGUGUACCUGCGCUGUGCGGCGGGCGCCGUGGAGUGGAUGUACCCGACCGGGGCGCUCAUUGUCAACCUGCGGCCCAACACCUUCUCGCCCUCCCGACACCUGACCGUGUGCAUCAAGCCCUUCAGGGACUCCUCGGGGGCCAAUAUUUAUUUGGAAAAAACUGGAGAACUGAGGCUGCUGGUGCGGGAUGGGGACGGCGGGCCCAGCGGGGUGCAGUGCUUCGGCCUGGAGCAGGGCGGCCUGUUCGUGGAAGCGACGCCCCAUCAGGACAUCAGCCGGCGGACCACGGGCUUCCAGUACGAGCUGAUGAGCCGCAGCAGGGGGUCAGACCUGCACGCGCUGUCUGCCCCGUGCCGCCCUUGCAGUGACACCGAGGUCCUCUUAGCCGUCUGCACCAGUGACUUUGUCGUCCGAGGCUCCAUCCAGGACGUCACCCACGAGCCAGAGCGUCAGGAGUCGGCCAUCCACUUACGAGUGGACAAGCUGUACCGGCAGAAGGGCAGGGUCUUCCAGCCGGCUCCCGAGGGCGACAGCCAUUGGCAGGGGCAUGUCCUGACACUGCUGGAGUGUGGCGUGCGGCCGGGGCACGGUGACUUCCUCUUCACUGGCCACAUGCACUUUGGGGAGGCGCGGCUCGGCUGUGCCCCACGCUUCAAGGACUUCCAAAGGAUGUACAGGGACGCCGAGGAGAGGGGGCUGAACCCCUGUGAGAUCGGUGCAGAGUGACCACAGGGUGACCCGGGGCAUCGCCCCCCUCUCCUGAUAAGCCACUGCUGGCUGCAGCAGAUGCUUGAGUCCUGCUGGGGGCCGCACGCUGGGAGCCGCAUGCCACGGUGCUGGCUGGGCCCUGGUGUUCAGCUGUGGAGGUUCAUGCCACGUUUGACCCCACAAGUUCUCAGCCGAGGAUGCCCUGAUCAAUUGGAAAUGCUGUAAAAUGCAAACUAAGUUAUUACAUUUUUUUUGUUUUUGUAAAAAAGAAAUGCCCACAGGAAACAAAUUCCCAUGUCCUAAAAUGCCUUGGUGUGCCAUUUAAUAUUGUGUCUUAAACACAUCUUAAGUCACUGCAUUUGGGCUGGUGUGUUGGGUGAAGUGCUGGCCCACGGGGCAGAGUGGGUGGUCAGCGAGGCUUUGGGAAAAGCCUGGGUACCGUUCAAAGCUGUUACUCUUAUGGCGGAAAUUUAUGGAGCCAAAUACUUUUGUUUUUUUGUUUUUUGUUUUUAUUUUGUUUUUGCUUUUUAAAGAAUGAACUUUGCCAGCUGUGGUCCUUUUCGGGCUGCAGGUUGUUUCCGUUCCAGAGAA